AUGUUUGGCAUACCGAACGCAAAGAGGGUAAGGAGGAGCGAGUUGAAUGACCGCUCCUCCGUUAGUUCUGACGAGUCUGAUGAGGUUUCCCGAGAUCGCCUGCGUGAGACACUCCACGCCAAACUGGCCAACAGCUUUGCCUGGGAUCCCAUCCCGGCACCGAAGGCCGCGUCCGCCCCGCCACAGACGCCAUCAGUACAUUCCAGAACAAUUCCUACAACCAUGAGUGGCAAUGUUAGCCAGCCCAAGGAUCUUGCCGGCGAGGGCCGAGAGGAAUCCACGGCAACGGAUGAAGAGCAAGAUGAGCCUCCUCCGGAGGAGUUUGAGUUUCGUCUCUUUGGUGGCCCCGGACUUGCCGCUACGAAGAUCGUUCUGGAGAAGGACCGGCCCUACAAGCCCGGUGAGGGGACGAUCGUGUCGAGGCGUCCCAUCUCCUUCUACUUUUCCCGGCCAGCCACGGGCAACGCGCGAGCGCGGUACGAAGCCUCGGUCAUGACGUUUGACCAGAUCAUGGAGCGAAGCCGACAGAGGCUCUGGGGACUAGAACGGCCGUGGAAAACCAUUGCCACCAUUAACAUUUCAUCCAAGGGCAAGGCAAAAGGUCCCUCAAACACUGCUACGGUAGCCGCCGCCGAUGGGGAUGAAAUGAAAAGGACGAGGAAGCGACCAGGAAAGAAGAUGCGAAUCAAGAAGCGGAAGAUGGCCGAAGUGAGCAAGGAGAGACGGGCAGCGGAGGAAAAGGCUAAGCUAGACAAGGAAGAGCACCUCAAGGCCAAGAAGAAGAGGCUGAAUCUUGUCAAAAAGCUCAGGUCGAGAGCCAAGGCGAAGGAGAAGAAGCAAGCUGCGAGGGACGCGGCUGCUAAAGAAACCACAGAGGCAGAGGGCACGGCGUUGGAAAAAGAAGGGAGCCCUGCGUCUAGCAAUACCCUCGAUUAA